UAAACCAUGAAGACAAAUAUUAUCAAUACACAGCACUCCUUUGUAAAUAUUCCCAAUGUGAUUGUUCCAGAUAUUGAAAAGGAAAUAAGAAGGAUGGAAAAUGGAGCCUGCAGCUCCUUUUCUGACAAUGAUGACAGUGCCUCUGUAUCUGAAGAAUCAGAGAAUGAGAGGUUCCAUGCAAGAGGCUCCUUUAAACAUGACUCAUGCAGAAUGGGAGACUCGUCACAGAGGGAGCAAUACCUGCCUGGUGCCAUGGCACUUUUCAAUGUCAACAACAGCAGCAAUAAAGACCAAGAACCAAAAGAAAAAAAGAAAAAGAAAAAAGAGAAGAGCAAGUCUGAUGGUAAAAAUAAAAAGGAGCCAGGAAAGAAAAAGAAGAAGGAAAAGAAUAAAGAGAAGAAAAAGAAAGAGGAGAAAAACAAAGAUAAAAAAGAAGAGGAGAAGAAAGAAGUUGUGAUUAUUGAUCCCUCAGGAAAUACAUACUACAACUGGCUGCUUUGUAUCUCCUUACCUGUGAUGUACAACUGGACAAUGCUUAUUGCUAGAGCAUGUUUUGAUGAACUUCAAUCUGAUUACCUGGGAUAUUGGCUUGUUUUGGAUUACGUAUCAGAUAUAAUCUAUCUUAUUGAUAUGUUUGUACGAACAAGGACAGGUUAUCUAGAACAAGGAUUGCUGGUGAAAGAAAGAGUGAAACUCAUAAAGAAAUAUACAUCGAAUUUGCAAUUUAAACUUGAUGUUCUGUCAAUGAUACCAACUGAUCUGAUAUAUUUUAAGUUAGGGUGGAACUAUCCAGAAGUUCGAUUAAAUAAGCUGUUAAGAAUCUCUCGUAUGUUUGAGUUCUUCCAGAGAACAGAAACAAGGACAAACUAUCCAAAUGUCUUCAGGAUUUCUAACCUUGUUAUGUAUAUCAUCAUAAUUAUCCAUUGGAAUGCAUGUGUGUAUUACUCUAUUUCAAAAGCUAUUGGAUUUGGUAAUGAUACAUGGGUCUACCCUGAUAUUAAUGAUCCUGAAUUUGGUCGUUUGGCUAGAAAAUAUGUAUACAGCCUUUACUGGUCUACACUGACUUUGACUACCAUUGGGGAAACACCACCUCCUGUGCUGGACUCUGAGUAUAUCUUUGUGGUGGUCGAUUUUUUAAUUGGAGUUUUAAUUUUUGCUACCAUUGUUGGUAACAUAGGUUCUAUGAUUUCCAACAUGAAUGCAGCAAGAGCAGAAUUUCAGUCAAGAGUUGAUGCUGUCAAGCAAUAUAUGAAUUUUCGAAAUGUAGGCAAAGAUAUGGAAAAGAGGGUAAUUAAAUGGUUUGACUACCUGUGGACCAACAAAAAAACAGUCGAUGAGAAAGAAGUCUUGAAGUAUCUGCCUGAUAAACUCAGGGCAGAAAUUGCCAUCAAUGUUCACUUAGACACAUUAAGAAAGGUACGUAUUUUUGCUGACUGUGAAGCUGGUCUGUUGGUGGAGUUGGUCUUGAAAUUACAACCCCAAGUCUAUAGUCCUGGAGAUUACAUAUGCAAGAAAGGGGAUAUUGGAAGAGAGAUGUACAUCAUCAAGGAAGGCAAACUUGCUGUGGUGGCAGAUGAUGGAAUCACCCAAUUUGUGGUGUUGAGUGAUGGCAGUUACUUUGGUGAGAUCAGCAUUCUUAACAUUAAAGGUAGCAAAGCUGGCAAUCGAAGAACUGCCAAUAUUAAAAGUAUUGGCUACUCAGACCUGUUCUGUCUGUCAAAAGAUGACCUCAUGGAAGCUCUAACUGAGUACCCAGAGGCCAAAACUAUGUUGGAGGAGAAAGGGAAGCAAAUCUUAAUGAAAGAUGGUCUACUGGAUGAAAGCAUUGCAAAUGCUGGUAGUAGUCCUAAAGACCUUGAAGAGAAGAUAACUCGAAUGGAGGGGUCAGUAGACCUCCUGCAAACACGGUUUGCCAGGAUUCUGGCUGAGUAUGAGUCAAUGCAACAGAAACUGAAGCAAAGAUUAACCAAGAUUGAGAAAUUUCUGAAACCACUUAUUGACACAGACCUUUCAGCUGUCGAGGGAGCUGAAGUAGAAAGUGGACCCACAGAAUCUACACAGGAAUGA